CUCUUGUGUACACUACGGAGCGCCUGCGCAGAACUAGUGUCAGUGCGCAAAAUCCACUUCGGAGAAAGGUCGUCCCAGCAUUCCUUAGUUACUAAUGGAGCAGGACGGAGGAGACGGAGCAAGGGUUCUCGGAAUCGGAGUAGGACUAUUCCUACUCAUCCUGAUCUGGUCGUGUACAGUUGCAGGAUUAGUCCUUGUCUCUAGGUCAGGUUCAGCUCUCUCCAGUGUUCUCAUAGUACUUGCCUCCAUCCUCACUGUAGUGCUUCUUGCUGUACCCAGAGAAGAGAUAUUAACAGGAAAAGAUAUUAAGACUCCCGAAGUGGAAAAGAUAAUUGAUGGAAUGUUUGUCUGGAGAAUCCUUCUCCUGGUUCUACUCUCUGUAUCCGUCCUGGCCGGAGGAACUCUAACCCUCCUGGACUAUGGACUCCAUCCUGUUCAACCAACAACACUCAAGAAACUCAAAACAAUACAGUAAAAUAAUUUUGUUACUCCUCAAAGGGAGAUAAAGAUAAAUGUGACAAACAUAAAACUGACCUUCGAUACAUCUUGUUUAGAUGUUACAUUUUGUGGAGUAAAAAAUCCAAUCGUCUUGUCUUCUGCAUUGGAUCUCAAGAUUAAUAAUUUUGCACAACCAAUACUGGAAGAAAUUAAAUUUAUAUUGCGAAAUGUUUUUUAUAAUUUAAUAAACUUUGUUAAUUGA